AUGAGCGAAAUCGAGCUUAUUGGAUACGAAGGCCGGCCUGUUCACAUCAACACGGGCCUUUUCAUCAACAACGAGUUUCACCUAGCGGCGGGAGGAUCACAGCUUGAGGUCGAGAAUCCUACCACGGGCAGCCAUCUUGCAUCCGUCUCAGCUGCACAGCGAGAAGAUGUCGAUGCCGCCGUGAGUGCAGCCCAAUCGGCAUUGCGGGGUGAAUGGGCGACCGUGCUCCCAGCUCGUAGAGGCCAGUUGCUGAACCGGCUCGCCGACCUGAUUGAGCGGGAUGCGAAUGACCUUGCCAGCCUCGAGGCCCUGGACGCGGGUGUCUUGUUUGGGGAGUCCAAGAAUCUCCAUAUUCCCCAAGCUACAGAGACACUCAGGUACUUCGCCGGAUGGGCAGACAAGAUCACUGGUCAGCUGUUGAACAUCCCACAGGGAUAUGCGUAUACUCGAAGAGAGCCGCUCGGGGUGUGCGCUGCCGUUGUGCCGUGGAACGCGCCAUUAAUGAUUACUAUCUGGAAGCUGGCUCCUGCCAUCGCAGCAGGUAACGCAUUGAUAAUCAAGACACCAGAGCUCGCCCCUUUGUAUGCGCAGAAACUUGCUGCACUCAUAAAAGAAGCAGGAUUCCCACCCGGUGUGCUCGCUAUCCUCUGUGGGUAUGGCUCAGUCGCCGGCCAAGCGCUAGCUGAGCACGGCGGGGUUAAGAAGAUUGCAUUCACUGGCAGUGCCCCCGUCGGCCGGGAGAUAUUGCGAGCUGCAGCGGGUUCGAAUCUCAAGAAGGUGACAUUGGAACUAGGCGGCAAGAGCCCAUCAAUCGUCUUUUCUGAUGCUGAACUGGAAAAUGCCAUAUUUUGGACGACAUUAGGAUUUACGGCCAACAAUGGACAGGUUUGUGCGGCGGGGUCGCGCAUAUAUGUCCAUGCAAAUAUCUACGAUAAAUUCCUCCUCGCAUUCGCCGAGAAGCUGGCCCACACCACCCCUGGAGACCCUCUAUCGGGACAGACCACCAAAGGCCCUGUUAUUAGUCAGAGGCAGAGGGAGAAAAUCACUGAAUAUAUCCGCCAUGCAAAGGAAUCCGGUAUUCGCCUGUUGACUGGAGGAGAUGAGAUUCCCGGGAAAGGCAACUUUGUUCCCAAUGCUGCCUUCGCUGAUGUCCCUGAUGACGCGCGCAUCAUGCAAGAGGAAAUUUUUGGCCCUGUCGCCUCAAUCGCGAAAUUCACCACCGAAGCCGAGGUCAUUGAGAAGGCCAACGCUACCGAGUUUGGACUUAGUGCCGCCGUGUUCACAAAUAAUGUUAACCGGGCACAGCGCGUUUCGGAGGCCAUGGAAUGUGGCCAGGUCACAAUUAACUGCUGGGGGAUGUUACACGCCAACACUCCGUUUGGAGGAGUUAAGCAGUCUGGCUUCGGCCGUGAUAUGGGCGAAGAGGCUUUGGAUGCGUGGAUGUCGACGAAAACUGUCAAGUACUUCAAUCUACCGACAGUGGAUGAGAAGUAG